UGCGGCGACGCGGCCGGAGCGGCGGCGGGAAGCGGAGGCGGAGGUGACGCGCCGGGGCCGGCGGGCCGGGCCAUGCAGCGCUCCCGGGUGGCCGCGGACGAGGCGGCUCUACUCCUAGCCGGGCUGGCCCUGCGGGAGCUGGAGCCGGGUGGUGACUCUCCGGGCCGGGGUCGGCGGGGGCCGCGGCCGGGGCCGGGAGACGAGGCGGCGCAAGCGCUGGGCCGCAGAGGGCAGGGCGGCGGCCCCGAGGCGGGGGCCGACGGACUGAGCCGCGGGGAGCGAGGCCCUCGGCGCGCGGCGGUCCCCGAACUCAGCGCGCAGCCCGCGGGCAGCCCGCGGGCCAGCCUGGCGGGCUCCGACGGCGGCGGCGGCGGCAGCGGCAGCGCCCGCUCCAGCGGCAUCAGCCUGGGCUACGACCAGCGCCACGGCAGCCCGCGCUCCGGCCGCUCGGAUCCGCGCCCUGGCCCCGGGCCGCCGUCGGUGGGCAGCGCCCGCUCCAGCGUGUCCAGCCUGGGUUCCCGCGGCUCGGCCGGCGCCUAUCCCGACCUGCUUCUGCCCGGCGCCUGUUCCGCGCCGGCCCGCUCCCCGGAGCCUGCCGGGCAGGCCCCGUUCGCUCUGCCUUCAUUCCAGCUGCCUUCGGGCCGGGAGGGCGGCCCGAGCGCGGCGGAGCGGCGGCUGGAGGCACUGACCCGGGAGCUGGAGCGGGCGCUGGAGGCGCGCACGGCGCGGGACUACUUCGGCAUUUGCAUCAAGUGUGGCCUUGGCAUCUACGGAGCAAGGCAGGCGUGCCAGGCAAUGGGGAGCCUGUAUCACACCGAUUGCUUCACCUGCGACUCCUGUGGGAGACGACUUCGCGGGAAGGCAUUCUACAAUGUGGGUGAGAAAGUGUACUGCCAGGAGGACUUCCUGUACUCCGGGUUCCAGCAAACGGCUGACAAGUGUAGCGUGUGUGGACACCUCAUCAUGGAGAUGAUCCUGCAGGCCCUUGGCAAGUCCUACCACCCAGGCUGUUUCCGGUGCUCCGUGUGCAAUGAGUGCCUUGAUGGGGUGCCCUUCACUGUGGACGUGGAGAACAACAUCUACUGUGUCAGAGAUUAUCACACGGUUUUUGCACCAAAAUGUGCCUCCUGUGCCCGUCCUAUCCUCCCUGCACAGGGCUGUGAGACAACCAUCCGUGUGGUGUCCAUGGACAGAGACUACCACGUGGAAUGCUAUCACUGUGAGGACUGCGGGCUGCAGCUGAGCGGGGAGGACGGACGCCGCUGCUACCCCCUGGAGGGCCACCUGCUGUGCCGCCGCUGCCACCUGCGGCGCCUCCGGCCCGGCCCACUUCCCUCACCUGCUGUGCACGUCACGGAGCUCUGAGCGGGGCUGGGAGCCCGCCCUGGCGCUGUGUGUGUGCGCAUGUGUGUCCGUGUGCGUGUGUGCGCACGCGCGCGUGUCUCUCGACGCUCGCGCGGGCGACGGGUGACCCAGGUCAGUGCCCGAGCUUUGUGUCAGGGGGCGCGGCCGCCGACUCCCACCCCCACCCCUACCCCCACUUGCCACCGAGCUGCUGUCCGAGGGGCCGGCCCCGCGGCGAAGCUACUUAUAUUUAUUCACCUGUGUCUGUGCCUCCUCAAGCCGCUUCCUUCCGGGCUCCGCCUGCCUCCCGCCCCCGCCCCCGCCCCGUCCCCGGCCUUCUGUUUCGGGACCCCCUGCGCCCCGGGGCCUCGGGGGCGGGCUCCCAGACCGGCUGUGGGUUACGGGGCCGAAGAUGGCCAUUACCACGUGCAGGGGCGGGGUGCACCGCCCCCUUCCUCGACUGGCCUCGUGGCGGGAGCCCGUUUCCCUGUAUGGAAAGGGCCUGGGACCCCCCCUUCAAGAGAGCUCCCAGGGCGGGGUGUGGUCUGGCAGGCGGGGGGUGGCGGAGGGCACGCGUGUUUGUCUCAUAAGCGCCUUGCCCGUUGGUGGGUGGGAAGGAUGCCUUGUUUGGGUGGGGACACUGGAGGGGGUGAGGAAUGACACCCUUGGGAAGUCGGGCCUGCAAAGGAGUCCUGCUUUUGGCCAUUGUGGUCACUGCUUAUCUCGGCCACCGGCAUUCUGAUGGGUGUUUUCAGCCAUAAUCCCGCCCUGUCUCCCGUUCCUUGGCUCCUGGCUUGGAGACUGUCCCUCUCAAACCCUCCCCAUUCUCAGAAGGAAAAAGAACACCUUCUCAUGCAGAAUUCAGCCACAGGUGUCACCGCGAGGGGGCACCCUGCCCACCUGUUGCAGGAAAGCAGUGUGUAUCAGGCUCCACGACAAAAGCAAAUGAUUUGACUUAAAUUAAGUUUUUUCUUUGAGAAUAUUUUCAUUUUCUUUAAAAAGAAUAUAGUUUUCUUCUAAAAACUUGGCCCACGGUUGUUAUUUCUUAGGAAAAUUACAAGAAACUCACAAAUGUCCAAUUUGUAUAUCGUAUAGCCAGUGUUCAAGCGGUAAAACGUCGUUUUAACUAUUUUUGUAUAAAUUCCUCUAAAAUCUCAAAAUAAUGUGUUUGCUUUUCAGACUUUAGAA